AUUGUCAAAUGUCAAAUUUAAAUGUUUUUGAGCGUAGCUGACAGAGCCAGAGAUAAAAAAACUAUUAAUUUGUUUGUUUUUCUUUGUCCAAGCAGUUUUUUGAAUGUUAAAUAUUGUUAAAUAAAUGUUUCUGAUUCGAUAGGUGAGAAGUGAGAAGGUGAGGUGAGGUUCGUCCAAGCAGGUUGUGUGAGUGCUCAAGAAGAAUCCUGUAACAAAUUCAAGAACAUCAAUCAAAGAGCUAGACUUGCAAAAAUGGAAUUCGAGCCUCGGAAUUUUUUUCCAACUUUAUUCAAAAAUCUGAAUGAUAAAUCUAAGUGUUCAGAAUCUCACAAAAUGUUAGAGGUGUUUAACAGAAACUUGAUCGAAGAGCAGAUUGAUUCUGCAUUGAUUGAUGCCUGCAUGCCUCACUUUUUCCACACAAAAAAUUCCCUUCUCAAAUUCAUUGAUGAAGCUUCAAAAAUUAAAGAUUUCAAGAAAGCCUGUGAGUUAGCUGUUGUUAUUAUAUAUACGGUUUUGAAUAAUUUCUAUAACAGAGUUCAAGAAAAAGACAUAUUUGCUCUGUAUAAAGUAGCUUGCAGAAUAUUUAAGUCCAAGGAUACAGAUUCGUCUAUUAAAGUUAAAAUUUUUAAUUCAGUUAUGUUAAGCUUGGAGAAAGAUAAUGGCGAGUAUGAUGCCACUGUCUUACCGAUGUAUAAGGAACUUUUGGACGCUGUUUUAUUUAGUUCAAGGUUAAGAAAAACUGGUGAUCAAGUAAGAGGUAAGGAAUUGGAACUACUAGGCUACAUGAUGUAUAAAUUUCCAUACAUAGCAGAUGAUAAUACCAAGAUGAAGAUUAAAGAGUGUAUGAUGUUCAACUUUGACAAAGAGUGUCCAUUGAUUCUAAGAAAAGUGUCACAUAAUGUUGUACAGGGCAUAUUUACUGGAUUUAUGUAUUAUUUAGAAAGUGCACCUUUUAAUUUAGAGAAGACAGAAGACAAAAAGGCGGUUACUUACAUGUAUAAGAUACUGAAGCACCUGGUGGUUUUAAAAGAUAGGACAAAAACAGGCAAUAGAGCCGCUAUGAAGUUCCUCGGUGCUAACACCUUCUUAUUCAAAGAGGAAUUAGUCAAAGAGCAUCAGUUUUGGCACGAAAAGCUGCUACUAUGGUUGGCCUGUGGCGCUGAAGAACAAAAAGUAGGUUUAACGACUUUAAAGGCCAUUUAUCAGAGUAUUUCUAAAAGUGCGGAAGACUGCAACGAUGCUACAUGUGUACCAAUUAUACAGUACUUCCUGAACUACUGCAAAACCGUCCUGAACACAAAAGAAGCUUCGACCUUAGAGAAGCGACUAUCAGUUUUCUGUCUACGAGUAUUUUCUCAAUCUUUCCACAAACAUUUAAAUCCACCAGAAGUAAAAGACCUGUUUCUAUUCAUAAUGCAAGUGUUCGAAAAAACUUUUGUCCAGGACUACAAGGAAGAUGACGACGAAUGGGAUUACCUUCCCGAUUAUAUACAAACCAUCGCCAACUUCAUGCGAUUCAAGCAGUUUGCAGCCAGCGAGUUUUUUUGUCUACAAAAAGGUGCUAUUUCGAUGAUCAAAUCAUUCCACAGGUUGCCUAUUCUGCAACAUUAUAUUGUGACUGAUGCCUUACUUCUCACCAUAUUUUAUUUGAAGAAUACUCAGUAUUUUGAUACGUUUAUUGAAAAUAUCGUUUAUCAAGGCGUUGUAUGGUGCUGCUCCCACCAACAUACGUCAUUUGAGGCAUUUUCGGAGGAUUCCACACAGAAAAUUAUUACGGUCAAAAACUACUACCCUCUAUGGACUAACAUCUUAAAGCUAUAUUCCUACAAACACUACGACAAAUACGAAUUCUACAUGCAAGACAGGAAAUACGUUUUAGAGAGAAUCAUCCAAGAAUUGGUCAAAACGUUAAUGAUUCUUGUAAAUAAACUCAACGUGUCUGUCAAGUUAAAAGAUGAGGACAGUGCCUUAACUGAUUUAGAAAAGAUAUACCAACUAGAAGAAAGAAACGAUUAUUCCAUAUUUUUGAACGUCGUAGAUUUUUAUAAAUUCAUCUUUGACAACGUCGGAGCAGAUCAUGUGAAAAAUUCCAUUUGUAAGAUGGUAGACCACCUUGUUGCGAAGUGCUUAAAGCAUCCCUUAAACAGUGGGUUUUACAAACUUCUUUCGUACUGCUUGAAGAUAUCCAGACAACUGUCAUUGUUCGAUGGCAGCAGUGAUUCCCAAGACGUAAUCAACUGCAAAGAGACUUUGAUGACUUUUCUGCCUGUACUUCUUCACAAGAUGGUCGAAUUCAAAGACGAUUUGCUGAUUUCUUCACUACAAGUACUGCUAGAGACUCCUGUUAGUAUCAUCACGCAUACUCUUCCCUUAUGCGUCACUCCAUUUGUAAACGUCUUUGAGGUGGGGAGGAGUUAUUUGCCUUUAGCGGAGAUGGGCGUAGAAACGUUAGAACACUGGCAGAAGACAUUACCAGUUGAAGACUUCGAGCAGUUUUUAGGUAAAAUAAUCUCCAGUUUGGAUAGUUUCUUGCGCAGCAAAUCACUCAAAGGCUACAGCAGUCAACCUGUCCAAAAAAGACGCAAAACCAUGCAAGCCUUAAAGAAGCGAAAAGUUCUAGAAGAAACCGAACCAGAGCUAGUGAAACUACAGAGGAAAAUACUAUCUUUCAUCGGUCGUCAGAGCUUCAAGACCUGCCAAAAUUUUGUCUUUUCCGAUAGUACGUUCGUCAAAAAUUUGAUAGGCGGCCAAAGCUCUCAUUUGAAAGUAUCUUUACCAUACGAUAUUCAACUGGAUGUUUAUUUGGAUACUUUUUUACCGAGAAUAAUAGAUUUGGCUCUUUAUAGUAGCGAUAGAAAAACGAGAAUUACUUCAUGCGAGUUGCUGCAGGCUUGUGCGAUGGUGUUUUUAGGCAGAGCCAAACAAAUGUCCACAGCUGGUUUAGAAGAGUUGAAUGACAUGUUGAAAACUAUCGCUACGCCACUGCUCUUGUUGAGCUGUGACAUCGACCAGGUCGUUAGACAAAUAUUUCAGCCGUUGUUUCUGCAGAUAGUCCACUGGUACACCUCUCCUAAGGCCCGUGGGCAGCAUACUAGUAUCAUCAUCGAUACGCUUCUGGAAGGAAUAACACACCCGACCAACUCGAACCUCAAAGACUUUUCCGGCAAAUGUUUGAGUGAAUUCGUGAAAUGGACCAUCAAACACGAAAACCUGGAUCCCACACCGAGCAUAAAAGUGCUUAUAAAAAAUAUGCGCUUCUUCAGCAGCCAUCCCGAUCCAAUCAAAAAGCUAGGUGCAGCUCUUAUCUUCAACAGCACCUACAGAGAGCUCAGAGAAGAAGAACGUAUAGUAAAUGUGUUUUGGUUGGAAAUUUUACAUAUUUUUGUUCUGAGUUUGGAUGCUGUACUGGAUCAUGAAGAAACAACCACUGUUGUGCAGUUAAAACGUUCUCUCGCUCAUCUCCAACGAGUGAUCAUGGAAAAACCUGGGAUUUUUCGCAAAGAAGAUAAGAAACGCCGAGUACCGAACGAUCUGGGCACAGGAGUACUUACAGACGUCUCUAUAUGGUUGCUGAACCAAACAGGAAGUCGAAGCAUACACUGCAGAGAAGCCUGUAUGGGAUUAUUCGUAAAUAUGGCUCCAUUAUCGAACACAAAUAAAAUAAACUUGCACGAAUUCAUAGUAGAACAUUUAGAUACUACUGUAGCGAAUCUAUAUGACGUGAAAGUGGUCAAGUUUUCCUCUCUAAGCGAGCAAUCCUACUGCGACUGCGCCAAUUUCCUAAACUACCUUCGUAAUCUAUUGUGCUGCGUAGAUGGCUAUAAGUUUAUUGUUAAAAACAACUUAGAAACAGUUAAUUUUGACGAAGGUGUAUUCAGCGAAACGCAGGAGUUUUUGGAAAAACUACAAACGGCAGAUCUGAGUACGUGUUUGAGUUUAAUCGCUAGAAAAUCUUGGACAUUCACUACCUUGGACAAAGAUAUGUUUCUAACCUUGAAAUCAGCGUGUAUACUAUCGAUUCUAAAGUUGUAUAACGCUAUAAUUCACAAUGAACCUCUCUGUCGUAAAUCAAACUCUAUAUGGACAAAAGAAUUUUAUAAAUUAGUAGCUUAUUUAGUGCUAACUCCACAAGAACUGGGUUUAGUAAACCUCAUCAAUACAGAAUACACAGAAAUCCUAGUGAUCCUGUUAAAUACGUUACCAAGUAAACUCCCAAAAGCUUCUGUGGCUGAUUUAAAAUCGACAUUGAUGGAUAUUAUACAAAAUUACAGUUAUUCUUCUAUCGAUCCAGAAAAGAACAUGUCGUUAAAACAGAGGAACUUGCUAAAGGGCGUGGUUUUGCUCCAUAGCACCACAAUUGGACAAAACAUGCAACUGACUCCACAUGCCAACAACUUGGUAGAGACUUACUUUAAAAAUUUUGGGCAAAAAGCUUCUGAUGGGACGAUAUUUAUAAACCAUUUGCAAGAUACAACGUUGAGUUACACCGUUGGCCUUUUGAAGUUUGUGUUGACUGAGAAUAAUAGUGCAAAGAAACUUAUCGACCCAGUUCAUUCUGAUUUGUAUGUUCAAAGUGUUGAUAUGGGAAAGAAACUACCGUUUGGAUUGUAUUUUUUUAAUACAUUUGCUGAAGCCGUUAUUCCUGCCGUUGUACGAGAUUUUGAAACGUUUUUGAAGCUGUCGUUGGACAAAAAAGAUAUCAAACUUACCGUAGACAUUAUCAUGCAUGUUUUAAGAAAUGUUAUCAAAGAUAAACAGUACAAACAGUCAUUUAAUGAGAUUGCGAACUGUUUAUUGACGUUUUGGAGCCGCUUUGCCGAGUAUUUCAGUGUUAGUAAGGAAAAUAUUACUCUUGGUAUGGAGUUUUUAACACUUUUUGUCCAAAUUUGCGAUUCUGGGUCUUCUGACAUGCAAGAUUGGUUGGUGGACUGUAUGAUGAGAGAGAAUGGAGUCGAUUGUAUAGAAAUAUUUGAACUGCUGGCGAAGAUAACAAGGAGUGAUGUAUCAGAAGAGCAAAGCUCCAGCUUGAAGACUUUGUUGAUGCUGUUGAACGAAAAAAUCGCUUCCCAGUCAUCAAAUCAAGAAAUUGUCACUAACAGUUUCAACAAACUGCUUACAUUCUUCCCCGUGGUAAAAUCACCGAUAAUUUUCGAACAUUUAACAGAAAUAUACGUGAAAAUACCCCCAAGUGUAGAUAUAAACACACUACUAAGAAAAUUCAUGUACCAACUAGAUACAGGUGUUCACCCUUUAUUCCUAGCACACAUAUACACCAUGGUUUUGAAGAAACCUCAACAUUGGUACAAGAUUGCGAAAGAUAUCCUGCCUGUGGUGUUUCAGAUUUGUAACAUAGACUCCUUCGAGCAAUUUUUCGUUAACAACAUUAAGAACAUGCUCGCAAUUUUGGAAGGAAACAAUCUAGAAGAGUCCAUUGUUAUUUUCAUACUUGUGGAAAUUCUGUUUUUGAGGGUUGCUAUCGGGACUGAAGAACGGAAAGAUUGUGCUAUUUGCGCAGCUUCAGAAGAACCCAAAUUACUUGGAAAGUUAUUGUCGUUUACGUUUAAAGCGUUUAAGGUAACUGAUACACAAGAAGACAUUUUGAGACGAUAUAAAUGCCACGCAUAUAACGCCACUGCAUCUAUUAUCAGCAAUUCGUUAAAGAAAGAAGUUUUUUACAAAAAAUUAUUUAAGAGAGAAGGCGACAAUAAUGAAGAUAUCUUAUGGCACGCUAUCAUUAAUACUAGCAUUAACUACGAUUUUCCGAAAAAUUUUGAUUCGUUGCCGACGCAGAAGAAGAUUUUGGUGAAUAUUCGCGAUGAACUUAGGAAAAGUCGACAUAACGCUGAUAAUAUGUCCAAAAGCUUACACUACAUCGAAUCUCAAAGACUUUUUAACAGUUCCUUAAGCGAAGAUGUCACUAAAUUCGACUUUACCAAUAGCGUACUACGUUCCGAAAGUGCCGGAAUGAAAAAGAUGCAAGAGAACAGGCGAUUUCAGGUCGAGUUGUUUUUAGAUGCAACGGAAAUAAAUGAACACGAAUGUAUGGGCACCGUUUGUAGUGUCAUCCAGCACAUGUUUGAUACAGGAGUGUGCCAGAUGCCUUUUGAUGACGAGGAAAAUAUAGCUUUACCAGAGUGGAUGAAAUGGCUAAGAUCUAUGCUUUUAAGUGACACCACUCAUAAAAAUGUGAAAAUUUUCUUGGUCAAAGUCAUUGAUAAUAUGAUACACAUCUUCAAUCGCUAUGCAAAAUUUUUUCUGGAGCCUUUAAUAAAGUUUAUCGUUGAUCUGUGUGCCGGAAGUACUAUUAACUAUUUCGUUACGGAUAUGCUUGUAAUUAUUUCAAAAUGGGCAUCCAUGAUACCAAAUCUCUCUAAUCAAGAAGCGGUUUUGGCUUCUAAGCUUCUCGAAUUCUUAAUAAAAAACCUAGAAAGAGACCGCCAAGAUGUAUUUAAAUACAACAUCGAGUUGCUGAAACUAAUCACCGAGGCGUGGAAGAAACAUCUCAGAGUGCCCACACAAGUCAUCGAGAAUUUAUUUUCUACGAAAGAGACAGCAGAGAUUGGUAUAUACGUUUCGUCUGUGCUGUUAGUCAAUGGUCUGGAGCCGUGGGAGAGGGGUGAGGAACAUCGAUUUUUAGAACUGAUGUUGAAGCCACUAAAGUCGUCAGAGAGAAGGAUCUACAGAGCAUGCGCAGAAACUUUGGGGCCAAUGUUGAACGUUCUAAAGGCGGAGGAAUACGUUGAAAGAGUCAGUGACUUUCUAAAAAACAUGUGGCCAAUUGAUAAGUACGUCGCUUGUCUAGAAGGUAUAGCAAUCAAGUACCCUCUCAUAGUGGACACGUACCACGUCGUCCGUAUAAUAAGCACCCUGAACCAAACGAAAACAGACGACAGAAUCAUCUGUUUGAAAAUCCUUCUGAAAAGACUGGAUGUGUCUUUAGACAUCUUGGAUCAAGUGACCGACUUUCAGAUAAUAAAUUGGAAUGAACAUAUCGAUGAUUCCAACCUGGAUAUUCAAAUUCUUAGUUUAGAAUUGAUCAAGAGAUGUUUAACACAUUUUGUGACUUACCCAGACUUUGAAAAGGUUCUGACGGCACUGGCUCGGAAUAUUUAUCAUCCAAAUGCUGUGUUCAGGUCGUGUUUGUUCGAUGUGGCCAUUGCUAUGUUCAACACUAACAGUGAUCAUACCGACACGUGUAAAGGUAUCUUGAUCCUCGGUCUUGUAGACCCCGAUAUCGACAACCAGAAAAAAAUCUUCGACUUCUGGGAGGCAAACGGAGUCCUACCGCAAAAGAUCAUCGACAGAUUUUCAUUUUUACUAUCCGAAUUAUACAAGUCGAAAAUUGAAGACAAGCUGUUGGGUCUAUCUUCGUAUUUUCUCGUGAAUAUGCUGGCUACCAGCGAGAAAUACGAUGCUAUGAUUUUCGAACAUCCCUUAGAAGAUUGUAACUUUGAAGAUUAUGAUUUGGAGACCAAUUGGAAGUUGCAACAUCCCUCAGUGGUGCCUAUGUUUGCUGAAACGUUAGAUGUUAACACUUUGGGAAGCACGACGUUUUCGGGAGAUAAAGAUAUUUUUGCUCUGCGGCAGACACAAUCAACCUUCCAAUUCGCACCAACACAAUCUUUCCACGAUCAACAACUAUCUACCUACACCAGCUUGCAAAGUACACUAGGCAUUGACCUGGACACUAAUUUCAAGAACCCUAAUACUGUAAAUAUAUCCCAGAAGUACCGAGUCAACAGACGACGCUUCCUCAAAAAUACUUCCAAGAUUUCUUACAUGAUGGCCAACUACGAAACGCAAAAGAAGAUUACUACGGAUAAGAAGAGAAAGGAAGCAGCCAUCGAAAGAGAGAAAAAGGUUACUAUUUACAGGAGUUACAGGAAAGGGGACUUUCCCGAUGUUCAGAUAUCCUUGUCGGCUCUUUUGAAACCUUUGCAGGCUUUGGCUUUGCACGAUAGCGAGAUGUCAAAGAUCCUCUUCUUGGAAAUAUUUAAAGGCCUCGCUAACAAAAUAGAAAACAAUCAACGAUUCCUUUCUUCGGUGUCAGAUAGCAUCAAAAAUAUCUUCCAAUCAUCAGUGUCAUUCAACCGAUACCUAUUUGCUGCUCUCUUGGACAUUUUGCUGAAAAACAAAGAGAAAAUGGUAUUUGAUCCAAAACUUAUUUCUUAUGUUGCGCAAGAAAGUGGUUUGGCCUCUACAGGGGCACUUUUAAUUGAAGAGUAUCUUAUAUCAGGUGUAGGGGACGACAUGCCUAGUACUAGUAAACGGAAAUUUAGAGAAGAUGAUUGGGAGACUGUUAGCUGGAUUAAAUUGGCAGAGUUAUAUAAAGAACUCGAAGAGUGGGAUACCGUUCGAGCUAUCUUCUUAGAAAAAAUGGACUGUAAACGAGACCUACAAAAAGCCAUCACCUAUGAGUCAAAACAUUUUUACAAAGAUGCUGCUGACCUUUAUAAAAAGUUGAUCUCAUCUGAUGAAUCGCACAACAGAAGAGAUUUCUACUACGACGCCUAUUUCAAAUGCUUUGCCAAUCUUGGCCAAUGGGAAACUAUCCCCAAUGCUGUAGCGACUGUUGUAGGUACUGAAGACACGUGGAAGAGCCUUUGGGAAGACGAGUGGUCCCAACAAAAGCUUCUGCCGUGGUAUAUAACAUCCCACGUGAAAAAUCAGUUAUUUACACAAGAAACUGACGAAGAGUUUUUGACUAAUUUGAACAGUUGUUUAUCAGAUGCCAAAAGUGAAGAGUAUCUUAAUAACCAUUUUUCGGAAGAACUGUGCAUGUUGUGGUUAUGUGAGAAAGACCUGCAGACAGCUAAACAUUAUUUACGAAUUUCGGAGAAGAAUUUCUUGGAAGACUGGCAAGUUUUGAAUCCAAUGUUCCAAUCGCAGCGUUUCCAGAAGCUGUUGAAGCUGCAAAAUAUCGUCGAAAUAUCAGAUUUCAUUGAAAUCUUCAAGUCUAUAGACGAUAUCGACGGAGUUUUGAAAACGUUGAAGAACAGAUGGUCAAGUAUCCCAAUUGAAGCUUCUCCCUCUUUGAUACUAAGCGAAACCAAGUCGUUAUAUAGAAAACAAUUCAUUACCAAUAUCUUGGAUAAAUUAUCGACAGUGUCUGGUUUUAAUACAAGGCCAUAUAAGAAAGAGCUGUGCAAGUUGAAAGUUGCGAUGGAUAUUGAUUUGAUCACAACUGCAAGCGAGAGCGGGAACUUCCAUAUGACUAAAAAGUAUUUGGUAUUCUACGAGAACAAAGAACAUCCUAAGUUAAAUGUUGCCAAGGGUGUUCUGUGGUUACAAAAGUCGAAAAUGAUACAAAAUACGGUUGGGCUAUUAGACGAGAAGCUAAAGUAUCAUACGGAGGCAGUUAAAACUUUCAGAGAUAAUCUGAAACGUCCUGAAGAUGAAUCAAUAAAACUAACCACUAACAACAAGCUUUUCGACGUGCUUAUUGAGAUGUCUGAAUUAAUGUCACGUAAUACAAGUCUGUUGACAUUCUGUAAACUACUUUCUUCAGUAUUGAGCAUCUCUUUCAAUACAAUCGCGGAUAUAGAGACGUAUGCUUGGAAUACGUUAAAAUGUUCGGUAGAAAAAUGCACCAUCGAGGAAAUGGACAGCGAGAUGGAUAGAAAUGAUUCUUCUGAUAAGUUUAAAAAGGUUGCUGAUACCUAUAUCAAACUUGCACACUUUAUUAGGAACAAAAAUGAUAGUGCUUUGGAGGGCGAGUUUAUGCUGUUCGUGUUGAGGGCGAUGAAGCUGAAUUCUUCGGAAGCCAGGCAGCUAUUUCCGUGUAUUUUAAUGCAGGAGAAUUUGGCCACUACACACAAGGAACUGUUUCUGAGAGAGACCGAACAAAUUCCUACUUGGAUGUUUCUGGGGUGGAUACCACAGUUGCUGGUCAACGUUGACUCUCCAAAACUCUUUGCUGUGUCAAAGCUGAUCCAAAGAAUCGCUGAUUCGUAUCCACAAGCUAUAAUGUAUCCUUAUAGAUUGAGCAAAGAGAAUUAUAAUUUUACCGAUGAUAGGGUUCGAAAAGAAGCUAAGAUACUCAUAAAAAGGUUAGACGGACAACUGCUGAAAGACGAAAAAGUAAAUAAAUUCUUGAAAGCUUUAUCAUACGUCAGCAUUCCGCAAAAUAUCAUUUCAUAUAACGUAAUAAAAAUUAAGGAUUCUGGUGACAUAAAUAGUAUUAAAAAAUAUAUACAGUUCAUCCAAGAAGACCUUUUUAAUCAAGUUUAUGGUACAAAUAACGUGAAUAAUAUGCAGGGAAACAUGUUUAAGUCGAUAAGAAGAUUUGAAAACAUUCUGGGCCGAAUGUCAGACAUGCCAAUUAAUGAGAUUAAAAGUUAUGCUAUAACAAUACUUCAAGAAUUGAGAAAAAUAUCGAAGACCCAACCAUCACUGUUACUAAAAGACUAUUGUCCUUGGUUAGCGAACUUUUCAGCUAACAAACUUAACAUGGAAUUAGAAAUACCUGGUCAAUACGAUGGACAGAAGCUACCAGUGCCUCAGCAUCACGUGAAGAUAUCAGGAUUUCAUCCAGAGGUUGUUGUAAUGUCAUCUAAGCAAAAGCCCAUAAAAGUUAGAAUGAUUGGUAUGGACACUAAGGAAUAUCCGUUCUUGAUCAAGUUUGGAGAAGAUAUAAGGCAAGAUCAACGAAUACAACAACUUUUCUGUCUUAUGAACAACAUUUUAAGAAACGAUACGUCUUGUUCUAAUAACGGAUUAGAUAUUUUAACUUACCAGGUAAUUCCAUUAAACUCCAGCUUGGGUCUGAUCCAAUGGGUUAACGAUAUUCAAUCGUUAAAUAAAUUUGUAUCGAAUUCCCUGAAAAAUAAAUCACAACUAGGAGCGCUUGUAGAGGAAUAUGAUAAUUUCUUGUCAAAAAGCGUAAAAUCAUAUAAAGAGAACGACCAUUUUAACAACUACGGAAAAGCUGCUGCAGCGAUUAGAAAGGAUAGAGUUGUUCAGAAUUACAACGGCUUGGUUAUGAAGGUUCCUUCGGAUGUCAUGAGGACUUCUUUUUGGACUUUAAGUACCAGUACCGAAAACUACAUAGCGUUGCGCAACAACUUCAUAAAGACCUACUCAGUAAUGUGCGCAGCUCACUGGAUCUUGGGCAUCGGCGACCGCCAUUUAGAAAACAGCUCGAUAUGUCUACAAAACGGUAAAGUCCUGGGCAUCGACUUUGGCCUCUCCUUCGGCACAGCCACCCAAAUACAGCCAGUACCCGAACUAGUACCAUUCCGACUGACACCUCACAUAGUCAGUCUCAUGGAACCCCUGAAGGAGAGAGGGCCCUUCAGGGAAUACAUGAUACAUUGUUUGAAGUGUUUGAGAGCUAACAGCUCAUCUCUGUUGGCGACGAUGAACGUCUUUAUACAAGAGCCGUCUAUAGAUUGGCUGGAACAUGCCGAAGCAGGCGAAGACUGUCAUAGUAACACUUGGUACCCGUUAGUGAAGCUGGAACAGGCUAAACGAAAACUAGAAGGUGCAAACAGCGUGGACAUCAUGGUAGAGGAAUUAAAGGCCGGGAUGAGAGUCCAGCAAUAUACUGAUGCAUAUGUGAAACUAGUUUUGGGAGAGGAAAAUGAAAAUUUGCGGACAAUGUUUGUAGGAAAAGUAAGUUUGACUGUUGAGGAUCAGGUAGAUUGUUUAAUAGAUCAUGCUACUGAUAGCAAUUUAUUAGGACGAAUGUGGAAGGGAUGGUGCCCAUGGGUGUAAGAGGUUUGGCCCAUGGGUGGUUUUAAAGUGUUUAUAUGUUUUUGUUUGUUUUGUUUAUAUGUUAUUAAAAUGAAGUUUUUUUAUAACUAUUUUUUCAAAUAAAAUCAAUUUUCUAA